GCCCUCUCCUUAUACAGACUUUUGGCAAUUUACACAAUUUCUCAACUGCAUGUGAGUGAAGAAAUAUAGAAAAGGUCUAUAAUAGAACACCUGUAAAAAUCCAGGUGUGUAGUCACAUGUUGGAAAGAGGAUAUUUUUAGGACACACUUCAGAGGCUUUUUGUCUGAAGCUAUUUCUCCCUUUGGGACAAAAGCGCAUGUGGUUUUGUGUAUGCCCUAGCCAUCAAGCAUGAAGUGGAAUUUGUUUAAGAAGAAGCCUGAGGCCAUGGUGGGCCCACAGCCCACCGGUGCCAGCGCCAUGACCAUGGCUCCCCUGCUGUCCACAACAGCAGAGAAUGCCACAGAGUCUGGAGAGCAUGUCAGCAAAAAUGACAUGUUUGGUGACAUCAAGAACAAGUUCCUCAAUGAAAUUGACAAGCUCCCACUGCCUCCCUGGGCAAUUAUUGCUAUCUCCAUUGUUGCAGUAGUGCUCAUCCUCACUUGCUGUUUCUGCAUUGUGAAGAAGACCUGCCUUAAGAAGAAGAAGGGGAAGAAAGGAAAAAAGGGGAAGGGAGACAUGGGAAUGAAGAAUAUGAAAGGAGGAGAGAAACAGGAUGAUGAUGAUGAUGAAGAUGACAUUGAGACAGGGAUGACCGGCGAUGAGAAAGAGGAGGAGGAACCCAAAGAGAAGGAGAAGCUUGGCAAAUUGCAGUUCUCGUUGGAUUACGACUUCGCUGACAACAAGCUGACAGUAGGUAUUCUACAAGCUGCAGAUCUUCUGUCCAUGGACAGUGGGGGUACCUCUGACCCUUACGUCAAGGUAUUCAUUCUCCCUGAUAAGAAGAAAAAGUUUGAUACCAAAGUGCACAAGAAGACUCUGAAUCCUGUCUUCAAUGAAACAUUCAGUUUUAAGAUUCCCUUCCAAGAGAUGGGUGGAAAGACAUUGGUCAUGUCUGUUUAUGACUUUGACCGAUUUUCUAAACAUGACGUGAUUGGUGAGGUGAAGAUCCCCAUGAAUACACUGGAUCUAGCACAACCCAUUGAGCAGUGGAGGGACCUAGACAGUGCUGAGAAAGAGGAGCCUGAACGACUUGGUGAUAUUUGCGUCUCUCUGCGCUAUGUGCCCACUGCUGGAAAACUUACCAUCUGUAUCCUGGAGGCUAAAAACCUAAAGAAGAUGGAUGUGGGAGGCCUGUCAGAUCCUUAUGUGAAGAUCCACUUACUGCAAAACGGCAAGCGGCUGAAGAAGAAGAAGACCACAGUGAAGAAGAACACACUAAAUCCUUACUACAAUGAGUCCUUCAGUUUUGAGAUCCCACAGGACCAGAUGCAGAAAAUCCAAGCCGUGAUCACAGUGCUGGACUAUGACAAGAUUGGCAAAAACGAUGCCAUCGGUAAAAUCUGGGUGGGCAGCAAAGCGCAGGGAACAGCGCUCAGGCACUGGUCAGACAUGAUCGCCAACCCACGACGGCCGAUCGCCCAGUGGCAUCCUCUCAGGCCCGAAGAGGAAGUGGACGCUGAGCUAGCAGGCCUCACUGCCAAGAAGUAAAUCUUACAUUUACCCACGCACACUGCCACCUUUCCACUUUCUCUCUCCUCCCCUUUCACCCACUCAGUAUGUUUUGCAUAUUUUCCAUCCAUCCAACCAGCACUGCAUGAUACAUGAGAUCAGACAAAAAAAUAGAAAAAGAUGGUAAAAGCAGGUUUCCAUUUCAACUGUUAAUCCUUUUUAAAAAUGAGAUGUGAUAUAAAAUCAAGAUAAAUAAAAUACAUGUGAAGAUAAGACAUGCUAAACAUCAGAAAUGAAAUGCAAGGAGGUAUAAAACUAUUAUCAUUGUCUUCUUAGAGACUUAGCUUAUAGAUCCCAAUGUCCUAUAAUGAACCUUAUUUUAUAAGAUCAAGUAUCAAUACGAGGAUCACAAAGAUACCCAAUCUUCCACUUCCAUCAUAUUAUCACAGUCUUCUUUAGUAAUAAGAAUAAAACAAAAUACAUAUCUUUUUUUUAAUUCUACAUGUUGUGUCUGGGAGGAUGGUUUGUUAUGAAAUUUGAAUCAAUUUUAAGGGGGUUAGUGUUUGGACUGGAUGCCUCCAACUGAAAAGAAGUCUGUUGGGUGUCAACAUUACUGCCUGCAAUCUAUCACCUCAACAAGUGUGCUCCAUGAGUUCCUAGAGUGCUGGACCUUUCCACAGUCUCAUAACAAGUCCUGUAUCUGUCUUUCUAACAAAAAGGAUACAAGCCUUUGAACAUCAUAAAAUAAGCAAUUCUUGACUGCCAGGGACGCCUUCCUAUUAAAUCCAUCCUUUGGUUUUCGUACAUUAAACACAUUUGUUCUGCUUGAGCACUUUAAAUGGAAAACAUUUUGCUUUUUCAUUUACUGUUCAAUGACUCAAGAAUGCUCUUACUUCUUGACUCCUUUUUUUCCAGAAUUGUGAUGAGUACACUGUUUUUUAUGCUAUAAAAAGUGCUUAUUAUAUUCUUAUUGAUCAGAUUAGUUUGUUUCAUUAAUGCAUGCGAUAGUGCUCAUUGUCUGGUUUUAUUAAUUAUUAUUUAUAGCAUUGUAAUAUUUUGGACCCAGUUAGCAUAAUUCAGUGUGAAUGUGUUUCCUCAUUUUAUGCAUUAUUUUGUUCUAUAACCAUCAUUUGUUAUGGUUUGAAAUGAAAUGAAAGGGUCUGAAAGUGGGUACUGUUAUAUGUGUAUUUUAUACACAGCUUACCAAACUGCUAAAACUAUUUGCACUACUGGAUAUAGCUAUAUUCUGUGGGUCUUGGUUGUGUAUAUCAAUCUGUCGACUUAUGUGGUGGUGCAUCUUUUAUUCAAGUCAUCUGGUUUUGCGGAUUUUAUGUUUUUAAAAACUGAGAAUAUGUAUUAUUGGAAUGCUGGACUAAUUAUUAUGAGACUAUGGAUCUCUCUCACUGAAUAGAAGCAUUUCAAAAGCUAAAUAAAUGUGACUAUUCUUCGGGCACCUAAAACACACCAUACUGCCUACUUUACAUGUGUGGUAUGGACUAACUUCAUGGCAACUUUUUAAAACACCAACUGGGAAUUUAAACUAUAACUACAAGCUAUAAUAUGGAAAAUGUUUUAAUGUAAUGCUUUUAGGUCUAAAACCUCUAAACCAGAUAUUAUUUAGAGACCCAUCAUUAGAUUCUGAAUUAGCAGGUUUCAGACUAGGAAUUUUUGAAGUUUUUGUAUACUUGAAACACUGUAAGCCAACCUUCACGAAAUUAACAAAAAAGCUCUUUUGCUGAGCUAUACUCUAUUGCAAUAAUAUUGUUAGACUCUGAAAUAGCAGGUAUUUACAUUGACACAUUUACAGUGCAGUCUGAGUGCAGUUUAUGUCUCCUUGGGAGUCUGAAUGUUUUUGUUAACGUAUUUAUUCAUUUGUUCUUCCACUAUGACCCAUAUGGCAACCAAUAUUUCCAUUCCUUAUUUAAUUUGUCAAUAAUAUGUGUCCCUUCAGAUUUACCAUUCUUAGUUCUGAAAAUACCAAUGAAAUGCAGCAAACACCCCUCACCCCCCAACCAUUGGUGUGUAGUUUUGCCUAUAUAUGCAUAGUUCCUACUUAAUGAUAUUGCAUGUUUCAAUAAAAAGAUGAGCAUGUUUCAGAGACAAAGCAAAAAUAUAUUGUGUAUGUAAGUAGGUGUUAUUUGUCAUUUUAAUAACAAAAAGGGAAGGGAAAAGAUGCUCUGUAUAUUUUCUAACUGAAGUAAAUAUGUAUUUUCCAUGAGUGGGUAUUGAGAGAAUGUGAACUGUACUAAACUAGUCUUCAUAUUCACAAUGUGCCCAUCCCUAGCUAUCAUAAGCAAAUGUUCAGUGCUUUGCGUAAACUAUUAGAGGAUGAAAAUGUAGCCGCAUGCUUGACGUCUACUUGCAACAUUUUUAACAGAUAAACUGUAUUUAUCAAAUAACAAGUUCAUUUUCACUUUGCAGAGUAAUAUUUGGUCUUGUUUUUUAAAUGUGUUUGUGGAAGUAAAAGCUUCCAUGGGGGCUCCAAGUCCAAUUCAUAUGAUUUUACCAUCACUUCGGAACAUUCAAGUGUAGUGUGGGGGUCUGGAUGAUAAAAUAUUUGAUGUUCUGAUUAGGACAGACUCCUAAGCGUUUUUUUUUUCCACGAUCGGUGCCAAUAAAAGAAGUCACGUGUACUGCCAUUUUAUCUGACUUUGUCAUUUUAACGUGAUUUUUUUGGACCAAACUGAACAAGUUUUCAACAUGGCAAAAAGCUUGCCUUAGCACAAUAGUAUCAUUGCGUUUUGGGAAAAAACUUGGGGUCCCCUUCUUUCAGUUUAUAUUAAUUAAAUGUCUUAUUUCACAAUAAUGCUAUAGCCACAUUUUACUUCAUUACAGCAUUUAACUAGCCAGUAACUCUGUGUGUGUGUGUGUGUGUGUGUGUGUGUGUGUGUGUGUAUGUGUGUGUGUGUGAGUGUGUGUGGGUGUGAAUAAAAUAAAGCCAUAAGACUUGAGCACUAAUUCUUUGGAGCUCAGCUAUGUAGAUUAAAUUCUUAAAGUAAUUUUAAUGUCUCCUUCACGUAGGCCUAUGUAUCUCCUCAACAUUCCAUUGAGUCUGUGAAGCUAUGGGGGAACACUGUUACCUGAAAAUGUGCUAUUUUUAGUGGCAACAGUAGUUUAACCUGCAAUAGCCAGUCUCUCUUACUGAUGUGUAUAUUCUUUUGUUUUUAGGAACAUUUUUAUGUAUUAGAAUGUUUCAAUCAAAUUAUUCAGUUUGUUUGUUUUUAUGGUUUGUUUAUUUGUAACUGCCUUGAUUUGACACAAAGUCUGCUGUGAAAGUAUGAGAAUGAUUGCAAACAAUGUACAUCUGUGUACUGCACAAUAAGUAAGCAAUUACUUUACAAAUCAUAUAUGUUCAAAAACACAUAACUGGUGUGCAAUUUAGUUCUUGUUUAUGAUAAGCAUGCAUCAUUUGUGAGUAGAGGCUGUUCAUGAGGACUGUUUCAACAUACCAAUGUUUAUCGUUUUGAAAUGAAAUAACCAGUAUGGGCACUUUUACUUUUUACUUUUUGGGGAACCAGUUAGGGAAUUAUUCAUUAUGCAUAUUCUUCCCAGGUACCUUCAACUGGCAUAUCAGACGUUUGCCUGGUGUAUGUAUGCAUCAACAAUAAUGCAUAGGCCCUUUAACUUAAACUUUUAAUUUUCCUUUUUUUUUUUUUUUUGGUAAACUGAGCACUGCCAUCUGCCUAUAUGGCUGCAUGCACAAUGCACAAUGAUUAGGAACAUUCCUAGAUGUCACUCACUGAGAGGUGGUACUCCAAACUUGUACAAACAAAAAUAUUUGAGAGCAAUAGUAAGGAACAGAAAAAAAUGUUUGAGUUUUUGUUUUUAUUUUUCUUUUAACAAUGUGAAAAACAUCAGGGCACAUGAGGGGUAUUUAUAAUUUACUCUCAGCUCUUUGUUCAGCUUGCUUUUGCUUUGUUGUCCUCUGUAGAUCUUGUUUUGUCUUAAAGAAAAAUGAGAGACUCCUCCAUAACAGAGAUGUUUUAGCCCUUCUUACAUUGUCUUGUUACCAAAUGGAAGCAAAUUUCUUGCAUGACCAGACAUGAAAUGUCAACAGUUCAACAGAGGUUACUGUGUAAGGUUUUUAUUUUGAAUGUGAAAGGAAGAAAACAACUGUCAAUCGGUCAAUCUCCCUUAUAACACUUUUCAUCAUCUGCCUUUACUGUAGAUCCGUUAUCAAAAUGAAAACUCCCUCUUGGUUUUCUUUAUUCUCUCUCUCUAUGGUGUUCUGCUCCUUGAAUCAGGAGGCUGCGAAGUUAUGUCCUCAGGCUAUGUUUGUUCUCGUCUCAGUGUUUUGUGUGUGUGUGUUCAUGUCCGUAACAUUGUGCCUAGUGUGGACCAGUCGCAUGCUUUAGCCCUUGAUAAGACACUUUGCAAAGAAAAAAAAGAAAAUAUAUUGCUCACAGACUUUCCCACGACCCUCUAGCAGACAGUACAAGAACAUAAUUGAUCCUUGUAAAGACCUCACGGGAACCAAAUAUCUCGAUACAGAUUUAUCAUAUGUGUUAGCAGCUCUGUACAAGGUAAAAAAAAA